CUGAGAAUUUGGAUGUUUGAAGUAGCAUUGACGACGAAACUGAGAAGAGAAUAGCGCUCACGUGCCUCUCAAAAAUCAGAUGUUUUGAUUGGUCAGCGGUACAACAACCGAGCCCCUGUCCAUAAGCACUAACACGAGUGGGGACCAAACCUAACCCAGAUCUCACUUCUGUCUAACCUUCUCAGCCUCGAGCCAGCCUUACAAAGGACAUACUUUCUUCAUCUUGUUCCAACGUCCUUCUAAUACGUCUCAGAUGGACGUUAGCUUCAGCAACAAACAUGCCGAACCUCGACGUUCACGGAUGGCGGAGGGAGCAGCCGGACACGAGGGCGCAACAUCCUCGUCAGGCGAAUCCCAGUCGUCCGGUCAGACGAGCAAACGGGUGAAGGUUUAUCCAGAAAAGAUCAAUCGGGUGCGGGCGAAGAAACCCAAGACCAGAAAUGGAUGUAGGACUUGCAAACUACGGAGAGUCAAAUGCGACGAAACGAAGCCAAGCUGCCAGAGAUGUACAAAGUUCGGCGUUUCAUGCAAUGGCUAUUUGAAGCCUCCCGCCCCUGCUUCUUCCGCCAAGAAACGCCUCCUGCCAAGCCACAGCUGCCCGCUACACAUUUCCAUACUGCCAAUGACAGCCCUUUUUAGAGACCAGGAAGAGUAUCAAUACUGGCUCUAUUUCCGGGACGAGGUAGUCCACGACCUGGCGGGGCACGUUCCAACUAAGUGCUGGAACUACGUUGUCCUACAAGCCUGCAACGACUCGCCUACCCUGCGCUACCUCACAGUCGCCAUCGCUGCGCUCGGGAAAUCCAAAUCCCCUUUUGGGGCAAGGGAAAAACAUCGAGAGUUCGCGGUGAUCAAAUACGGACAAGCGCUCCGCAGCAUGCGCGAGAUGGUCGCCUCUUCCAACGACCUAGAAACCAUCCGCACGAUGCUGAUCGCCUCCCUGCUAAUCUUCAGCUUCGAGUCGAUGCACGGGAAUCCCGAGCAAGCAGUUGAGCACGCCAAAGCCACAUUAAAGAUGAUGAAAAAGCGGCUCGACACCUCGAGUCGGAAAUACUCACAGAUCCGGCGGCUGUCCUCGAUCCCGGGUCUCGAGGACGAAGUACUGGAGAUCUUCGUCCGUCUCGAUAACACCAUUAUGUCGAGUAUACUCGGCGAUCCUUACCGGCCGCGCUACAGCUUCCUUGAUAUCACGUACAUCGAUGAGCAUUUAUACAUGCCUCCUUCGUUCCGCGACCUCGUCGAGGCAAAGGGUUACCUAGAGCACUUCCAAUUCAGAGCUAUGCCGUACCUCUCCCAUCUGACAGAUACAUUCAUGUACGGUGACAAAUUCGCGUGCCCGGUGUCAGAAAGCGUUUAUGAGAUCCUAGGCUCGCAGCUACAACAAUGGUACCGAAGCUUCCAGCCGCUCUUCGACGCCGCCCUGCGUCCUGAUGAUAAAAAUUUCAUCGGCGCAGCGACGCUGCGCUGCCUUGCUCUAGGCACGGAUAUCUCCGUUCAGAGAGUAUGUCUGAAGAUUGACAAGCGUCCGAAAGAGCUGUUUGAAGUCGAAGCAAGAGAGAUUCUCGACUUGACGAGACGCGUGGUGCUGGAUCAUCGGUUCAAGAAGACGUUUGGGUUUGACUGUGGGGUGGUCCCGGCGUUGUUUAUUGCGGUUAUGAUUUGUCGGAAUCGAGGGAUAAGGGAAGAGGCUAUUCGAAUUUUGAGGUUGGCGGAGGGGAGGAUUGAGGUUGUGUGGGAUGCAGUGAAGGUUGCGGAGCUGGGUGAGAGGAUGCUGAGAGCUGAGGAGCAGGGUCAAACUGUAUUGGUGGUUUGA